UGUUUUUGCUGCAGUGAACGGUAGCCGUGGAGAGGCAGAGAGAGAGAGAGAGAGAGAGAGAGAGCGAGCGAGAGAGAGAAAGAGCGAUACAAACAGAGUGAGAGAGAGAGAAAGAGAGAGAGAGAGGGAGAGAGAGCGGAGGAAAAAGCAAGAAAAACAAGGAGUCAGGCGAAGGAACAAGGAGAUAAAAAAGUCGAUAAAAGCAGAUUGAGAGGAGGCUCCGGACAAGCGACUGCUGCGCAUCAAAGGAGGGACCUUACUGGGGACCUUAUUGGAGACCAGCGCCAACAAAACCCGACUCCGGAGGCGGAAUAUAACGGUGACUCUCCAGAGCUCCUCUGCCCUCCUGAGGAUUCAGAGAGACAGGCGGAUCUGCGCGCCCGACCAUGGCCUUCCCAUCAGCCCCCUCCGCAUUAUGGAGUGUCAGCGUAUUGACAGUACUAUUCACAGCUGCGGUUCACAGCAACAUUGUCUAUGACGACGACCCCUUGCAACCAGUGACCUCAGAUGAGACGGUGUCCGUUGGGGGCACGGUGACACUCACCUGCCGGGUGGCCGAGAGCGACAACUCCUCGCUGCAGUGGUCCAACACUGCGCAGCAGACCCUGUACUUUGGAGAGAAAAGAGCGCUCAGAGAUAACCGCAUCCAGCUGCACCGCUCCACCUCCACGGAGCUCUCCAUCACCAUCGCUGACGUGCAGCUGUCCGACGAGGGCGAGUACACCUGCUCCAUCUUCACCAUGCCAGUCCGCACCGCCAGAGCCACCGUCACCGUGCUAGGUGUGCCCGGUAAACCUCAGAUCUCGGGCUUUGAGAAUGCAGUGCCGGAGGGGGGCAAAGUCACCCUGACCUGCAUCAGUACUGGCAGCAAACCCCCUGCCAGGCUGAUCUGGUACCGCGGAGACCAGGAGCUGGAAGGGCGCCUGGACGUGGUGGAGCCCGUUCCGGACGAUCCCACAUACAAUGUGAGCAGCGAGCUCACGCUGGAGGUGAGCCGCAGCGACGACAACGCCCUCAUCACCUGCGCCGUCGACCAUCCCUCUCUCGCCCCGGGGGACAAGAGGAGCGAGCAGGCUCUGCGGGUGUUGUAUUCACCUGAGGUGGUUAUCUCUCCUGAAAACAAUUUGCCCAGAGAGGGAGAGAAGUUUUUUCUGCAGUGUUUGGGCAAUGGCAACCCAGAGCCCACCACCUACAUGUGGGAGAAGAAAGAUGGAGAGCUCCCCCCACUGGCCAAAGUCGACGGUGCUUUCCUGCGCUUCGAGAUGCUCAACAAAUCAGAUAAUGGCGUCUACCUCUGCCAAGUCGACAACGGCAUAGGAAACAACCAGGGGGAGUACACACUCCUGGUGCAAGAUGCUGCAGAGAACAUUGCAGACCCCACAGCCAUGUUGACCUCUUCGGGGGUGGACCAUGCUGUGAUCGGAGGGGUGGUGGCUGUUAUCGUCUUCAUCCUGCUCUGCCUGCUCAUCGUCCUCGGCAGAUACCUCAUCAGACACAAAGGAACGUAUCUGACCCACGAAGCCAAGGGCUCGGACGAUGCCCCCGACGCCGACACAGCCAUCAUCAACGCAGAGGGAGGCCACUCUGGAGCAGAGGACAAGAAGGAGUACUUCAUCUAGAUAGAGCAUGGAGGAGGAGGAGGAAAAGUUGGAGGACGUGGAGGAGAGGAGAGGGGAGGAGUGAAGGAAUAAAAACUCCAUUUUGUUUUCACAACGCUUCAGUUCUUCACUCGGUUGGAGGGAUGAUGGAAGGGGAAGGGAGAGAAAGAACUGUGGACAGGAUAAAGUGAUUCAACUGGUACUACCCUCUUUGCAUUGAUACAGGGAAGUGAGAUUUUGCACUGACAUAUGAACGAACUGUAGUUACACACUCAAACACACACAUACACACACACACACACACACACACACACACACACACACGAGUCAAUUUUGGGGAAAAAAAAACUCUUCUCACCCAGACUCGAAUGCUCGUAGACGCUCAGAUUAACAAACACGAGCCUCCUACUAACACGUCUGAAUUAUGACACAUUAACACAUUUUUACACAAAGCAUCGUAUCCUAUUUCUAACUGUCAACGCCUCGAAAAAGCAAAAUUGUAACUCACAUUCCUGGCAUCCCUAGCUGAUAUUUCACUUCUCACCACCCAUGCCAACCUGUCUCCUCAAUAUUUAAACCAAACCAGCUCUGUCUUCUUUUUUUUUUUUUGUCCUCAUUCUCUCUAUACGACAAGGCGGUAUCCCUCUGUAAACACCCUCGUGGCAGAGAAAUCCAUCUAAAUUAUUAGUGACAGACAUAAUCUCCCUCUCUCACUGUUUAAUCUUUUUAUGCCAUCAAACUUCUUUCUGUGCCCUCACGCACUCCCGGUACGAGCCCACGUUUUUUUCCCUCAGCGCAGCACCACACAACAUGUAACACUCAUGCAAAAAUAGCAUUCCCACCUUGCGCUACAAAGCCGAGGAGCUCCAGUAUACAUAUAUAAAUAUAUAUAUAUAUAUAGAAUUAUAUAGCAUUCUUUUUACUUGACAGAAAAUGUUUGGUGUGCUGUAAAUACACUCUCUCUCUGUACUCUUUCUACCUUCUGUCGCCUUCUACCUAUCUUCCCUCUCUCUCUCUCUACAUCUCCCUCUCUCCUGUAUCUCAUACAGUCUGUUACUGCAUUACAGUAACUUAUAUACUCUUAAAAAAAACGCCUGCCUGUUUUUAUUACAUGCGUGGAAAUGCAGAGUCGAAAAUAUCAGUAUCUGGGGAAAAAAAUAAUAAAAAUAACAAUGAUGUUGCGAUGAAAACUAACCUUAUCUGCAAAUAUUUGUAUGAGGAACGUUUUCCUUAUUUUUUUUUUUUUCUUUGUUAUUUUUCUUCCUAUUUGGUUUCUUGGGACUUAUGAGGGAUUUUCCCUCGUCAGUGUCUCAGUGUGUUACCGUCAGUGUUAACAGUUUACAGUGUCUGUCAGUUUGUCAGUCCAGGAGUCCAUAAUCUGAUUUGAUUUCCAACUUGUGGUUCGAUUUGGAGGUUUAGGGUUUCGAUGCUGUUUGUUCUCUUCUGUGCCCCACCUCCACUGCCGCCAUUUUAUCCCCGCUUAGCUGGCCCCUCCACUCCCAAACACCGAACUGUAGCAAAACCUCGGUCGAACACAGUUUUCAAAAAAGGUGUCAACAUGUUCGGUGGAGCUUUUUUCCUGGAGUAUCGCUGCGUGCUCACGGACCGCUGCAGUCUUCUUUCCACUCGGCCCUGCUGAACGCACCUCUCGCCUCCACCUUUUUGUUUUUUCUCCCUGCAGCAGACUGCUUGUCUUGGCGCGGCCACCUGGCGCUAAAUUCAUUGAGUAGUGACAUCAUGACUUCCUCUAAGAAGCUGGCACAGUCGCUGUUUCGGGGAGGUGAAAAUGCUUGCUUGCUUUCCACUACGGGGCCAAACAGGACUGCCUACAUACAUUAUGACAAACUUCCUGGCAAAAAAAAAACAACAACAAAAAACCUUCUCUGUUAUUGUUCCUCUUUCUUUUUUCUCUGUGUGUGUUACUGCGAGCAGGAAUCAUUCGCCAGCUUAGCAAAAGGUUCCCAUAAAUGAACAGUGUUUUAUUAAGGUUGGGAGUUCGCCUUGGCACUGGUAAGCUCCACUUGGCCCGGUCGUGGAAAUUGAUUGCAAUCUAACUAAGAGGCUCUGGGCCCCAGACUGUUCACAUGCCAAGGUUUUCCUUGGUGGGCAAGGUGCCGAGCCGGAGUCUGGGCUGCACUAACACUGAAGAAAGUCAUUUAGGAACUUAAAUGUCCUCUUCUCUUUUAUUCCCUCCGCUCCGCUCGUCCAUUUCUUUUCAUUCUUUAAUUAAUCAUCCCGUCUACGUCCUGAUCCACCUUCACCCGGUCCUUCUUCUCCCUCAUCGCUCCCCCCUCCCCUCCAUCUCUGGUAAUGUCUGAUUCUCCUUGCUGGUCUCUCUCUCUCUCUCUCUCAUUCAGGAGUUCAUGUAGACGUACAGUAGAAGUAGCGUCUCUAGGUUUUUGUCGGCGUUCGCUGAUGGGUCUCCGCGGCACUUUUUCUGGAGUGUCCCGGAGAGGAAUCCAUUUGCUGUUGUCAGUCUACCCGUAGACAGUUAUGUCUGUGAUAGUUUUUUGUACACCUUUUUUGGGAACGUUCAGGGAUUGUGCUUUUCGUACCUUUCCCCCGCAUUAUCGUUAACUGCUACCUAGCUGGCUGCUUUUGAAUGAAGGAGCCAAGCUAGAAUGUCUAUAAGCUAGCUAUACCACAAAGAGUAAUGUGACCUGAAGCAGGGUCAGCUGAUGUUUUCUUUUCUUCCUAGAGCUCUCGGUUGAAAUCUGGGGUGGCCACGUAGUAAACUUGGCUUAAACAGUGUUUGAAUUCCGUUGCACAUGGUUUGGCAACUUUAAACGAACCGAGGUGAAUAUUUCGUCGAAAUUCGUAACACUGUUUAUCUCAUGUUUUCUCUGCAACACUCUAUAGCCUUUCACAGUAAACAUGUCUGCAGACCAGAGGACGGGCUUUGUCUCACGGAGCUCGUUGUCCACUUUGAAGAGAUACCUUUGAUUUGUAUUAAACCCCAGUCUAAUUCUGCUCUAUGAAUGGAAAAAGAAAUACCUGCCUCAUACUCAAAAAGUGUAGUGUCUUUUAAAAACUAAUGGACCUGUAUUUGCCUGUAAUUUAUCGUCCUGUCCUUUGUCUUAGUUAAUGUGCUAGCAUGUAGCUUGCAUGAGAAAUGGUUGGAAAUGUAGAUAGUGUUGGAGAUGAGAAGUGUCGACAGGCUUCUCUCAUGAGACAAGAGCGGCGGUCCGCCCAGCUGACUUCCCUGCUGUUCUCUGAUCUGCAAACAUAGGCCGUGUCCCAGUUAAACCCAUCUGUACCUCCACAACACUGCAGUGCUCGAGGGGAGCGCUGAGGCAACGAAUGAAGUAGGAAUUAUCCUGCUUUCCCCCGCCGCUGCUACAUUACAACCACACUGAGGUACAUUGGCGUUGAGUGGGGCCUGUGCAGUCUAAUCCAUAUUUCAUUGCAUCAGUGCAGUAAUGACAAGCUGUCACCAGAUGCCAGCAAACAGCAGCUUUUCUUGUCCCUCUUCAGUCAGGCCGAGCUGUCCUGCCCCAUCACAUGACGCUCACCAAGUCCUCUUCAGGCAGUCGCACACUACCUGCCGCUCAUCUCUUUUCUUUUUAUAGUAUAAGCAAAUUGAUUUUUAAAUUAUGUUUUUUAAAGGGUGUGCAUAAUCUUAAAUGUAUUACUUUCAAUUCAAUUGAUAAUCAUUUUCUUUUUUUUUUUAAUUAGUUUUUUCCAAAACUUGAAGGUUAGAAAUUUUAGUUUUCGCGCAUUUUAUUGUUUCAACAACCAUUUUUAUAUAAUUUCAUGUAUAUAGUGUUGCCUUUACUCUUACAAGCGCACCUGUACACACUUUGCACACACACUUUGGGCACAUGCACAUGCACACACACAUAUCUGGAUAUGCACGGCAGGCAUGACGUCUGUGACUAUGGUGUAUUUGUACAUAUGUGUGUGUAUGUGUGUUUGUGUAUGAGUGUGAGGUGUGUAUUAAUUGACCCAAACAGGCUCCGGAGACACUCCUGUGUGUGUUGCAUUCACAAAAAAUGUAAUUAUAAUUUUCGACGACUAAAACAAUGUCUUUCCUUUUAGCAUUAUUGUUUCUGAUGAAAAGUCUUCCUUUUGAAUAAAUGUCCAUAUCACAUGAGAAUAGUGCUGUCAUGUAUGUUGAUUUGUACUAUCGCUGAUGAUGUCAUCAAGGCCAGAGCCAACCGCAUGCUGUGGUGGGUUUGCCUCUGUUGGCUCUUAUGUUCAUACAGUAUUUGUUUUAUUUGGGGUUUUUUUGGUUAAAAUACCAGUUCAGUUGUUGACUUCAAUAAACAUGCAUUUGGGUUAAUUUCA